UAAUGUUCAAGAACAACUUCUACUCUUAUGUGGGUGGUACUAGAUCAGAUAUAGCAAUGAGUAUUGAAUCCUAUUUCGAAGUUAUGGAAGUCUUAUUAGAUUAAUAUAUGAGUAGAGAAGUAUAAAAUAUGAUAUUAUAAACAAUAAGAUGCUAUUUAAUUUCAAGAAUUGCAGUCAAGUACUCAAUGAUAUUGUAGUUUCUGCACCAUUAGCCUUUUUACCUUUCUCACUUCUUGGAACACAAUGGCUAUUUGCAGGUGCUAAUAGAAAAGGAGCUAAUAAAGCCUAUGGACCUAUACUUGCAUCUGUACAUAUGUUAGUAUUAUGGAGAGCUUACACUGCUCCUAUUCCAAAUAAAUUAUUCACUAAAAUAGUUGCAGAUCCUACGGUUGAUGGAUAAUAUAUUAGGUAUUAAAUUAUUAUCAAUUUAGAACUUAAUUAUCUGUUAUGAAACCAGGUUUAUGGUAAGUUUUGAGUAGGGAAUUAUAUCAUAAAGGAUAUAGAUUUCCAGAAAUGUUAGAGUUCAAGACAGCUACAGAAUUCCCAACUGGAUUUGUUAAACCUUAUUGAUGGU